AUGGAUGCCCAGGUAGUAAUCUCGCUACUGAUCCUCGGAUUUGUCAUCUGCAGUGUCAUCUACGACGUCGAGCUGAGUCCUCAAGGACGAAAGCUUCAUUCAAAAGGUUACCGAUGGCGCCGCUUACAAAACUGGUUCCCUAUGGGUGUGGCGUAUGCUUCGUUUUACAUGGCUCGGUACAACGUCAGUGCCGGCAAUGUUUCAGCCGUGCGUAAUCGACUCGGCUUUUCAUCGUCCUACAUGGGCUGGGUUUUGUCGGCUGGUUCGUGGGCAUACGCCGUCAGCUCCCCUAUUACUGGGAUCAUUACCGACCGUAUUGGUGGUCGAAAUGGCAUGAUUGUUGCAUGCGUAGGGGCCGCAAUUUGCAACCUCGCACUUGGCAUGAUCUUCCUCACGUGCGACUCCCAUCUCAUCGUCACGAAGACUUUGUUCGCUGUGUUUUACGCUGCCAACGUCCUGAUGCAAGGUUUUGGCACUAGUGCUGUUGUCAAGAUCAACGCUGCGUGGUAUACGGCAAGUGAACGUGGAAUCUUUGCUGGUGUCUUCAACGUCAUGCUAACGAGCGGGUACUUCCUGUCCCUGGGCUCAGGAAGUAGCAUCAUUGAGUCACUGGGAUGGGCGUACGUGUUUAUCAUUCCGGGAGGAACGCUUUUGCUAGUGACGAUCGUCAUUGUGUUUACUGUAAAGAGUUCCCCUGCCGACACAAAGUACCUGUCGGCAGACCAAUUACCGACAUGCGCCGCACCCCUCGAGCCUCAGCGGCUGUCGCGUGAAGAGGGAGAUGGAGCAGAGCCUCUUACACCAAAGCAGCAGAUGAAGCGUCUUUUGAAGAAUUUCACGUUUCUCGGGUACCUCGCUGCAUUGUUUUUCCUAUGCUGGGUACGCGAUGGGUUCCUCAACUGGUUCCUCUCGUUCUUUAACGACGUGCGUGUGGCACCUCUGUCAUCAAGUGACACGGCUAUCAUUGGAGGUGCCUGGACUAUCGGAGGAUUUGUUGGGGGCAUUCUCUGUGGCUGGAUCAGUGACGUCGUGUUCAACUCGAAUCGGGUCAAGCCAAUCUUCGUCUUUUCGCUGCUCCAGGCCCUCGUGCUCACUGUCAUCUACUAUGUAAGCCCAACGUGCAGCGUCCUCGUUUUGGGAGGCCUCAUCUUCCUCGCGAGUGUGUGUAUUCUCGGAAACUACACACUGCUGAGCUAUACGGUACCAACGGAUCUACCUCAGGAAAUUGCUGCGGGGGCCACUGGCAUUAUGCACGCAGUCGGGUACUUCUCGACCGGUCUUUCGAGUGCAAUUAUGGGCAAUGUCAUUGACGAUGCAGGCUACCUCGUGUGGGCAAAGUCCCUCAUUGUGGCAUCUAUACUAUCGGGUAUCUUCGUCAAGCUCGGAUCGCACUUUUCAAAGCAACCCAAUGCGCCCGAGUCGAAGAAACCCGUAUCGCCCGAGUCGAAGCAACAGCUAGCACCAAUUACACCGACGAUCGGUGCAACUUGCGAUACAGCUACAGAUUCAUCGAACGUCGACGAAGAUUUUGUUACCCUGGGAUCACCCAAUUUGGUGACGAGCGCAAAACCUUGA